AUGGCCGCGAGCAUGGCGCCGCGGGUGCUGCCGCUGCCCAGGCAGCAGUCCUUCUGCCCGCCCCCCAUCCCCAAUCCCUUCGUCCACCCGCGCCGCCUGAGCGCCGGGGACAAGCUUCGGACUGUCCUCCAGGGGAUUAUUUUGCUACCCCUUCGUGCCAUAUGCAUUACAGUCAUUUUACUGCUAGCAUGGCUGUUUGCAUCAAUCGCAACUUUCCGUCACCCUGGAAAAGGAUCUGUGCCACUUAAAGGAUGGAGAAGGAGGAUGAUCCAGACAACCCUCUCACGGCUAACUCGUACCUUGUUCUUCAUAAUGGGUUUCCAAGUUACAGUGAAAGGGAAAGUAGCAAGUCUGCUGGAAGCUCCGAUCUUUGUUGCAGCUCCUCAUUCAAGCUUUUUCGAUGCCAUUAUUUCUGCCCUAACUGGAAUGCCAUCAAUAGUGUCUAGAGCAGAGAACUUGUCAGUUCCAGUAUUUGGCACAAUUUUAAGUUCCCUUCAGCCUGUGGCAGUUUCUCGUCAAGACCCCGAUUCACGGAAGAACACAGUCACUGAGAUAACUAAGCGGGCAUUAUCAAGAGGCCAGUGGCCACAGAUACUGAUUUUCCCAGAAGGCACCUGCACAAACCGGUCUUGCCUGAUCACCUUUAAACAAGGUGCCUUUGUUCCGCGAGUCCCUGUACAGCCCGUGUUGCUCCGAUACCCCAACAAGCUGGAUACUGUGACCUGGACAUGGCAGGGCUAUUCACUAAAAGAGCUGUGUGUAAUGACCCUCUGUCAGCUCUUCACAAGAGUAGAAGUUGAGUUCCUGCCUGUACAUGUUCCCACUGAAGAAGAAAAGAAUGAUCCCAUUCUUUUUGCCAACAGAGUCCGACAAACCAUGGCAACUGCUUUGAAUGUGCCAGUCACUGAUCACACCUUUGAAGACUGCAGACUGAUGAUUACAGCUGGACAGCUGACUUUACCCAUGGAAGCUGGGCUGGUGGAGUUCACCAAAAUUAGCAAGAAGCUCAACCUAAAAUGGAACCAUGUCAGAGAGCAGCUGGAUACCUUUGCUGCUAUUGCAAGUGCUUCCAAAGGAGGGAGAAUUGGAAUCGAGGAGUUUGCAGAGUACUUGAAGCUGCCUAUUUCAGAUGUCCUUAAAGAGCUGUUUCUGCUCUUUGACAGGAACGGAGACAGCACCAUUGACUUCAGGGAAUAUGUCAUUGGUUUGUCUAUUCUUUGUAACCCAGCCAACACAGAAGAGACUAUUCAGAUGGCAUUUAAGCUCUUUGACAUGGAUGAGGAUGGCACUAUAACAGAAGAUGAGUUUGCUUCUAUCAUUCAGUCAGCUCUAGGGGUGCCUGAGCUUGAUGUUGCUGUGCUCUUUAAAGAAAUAGAUGCAGAUAAGACUGGGAAGCUGUCCUAUGAUGAGUUCAAGAACUUUGCACUGAAGCAUCCAGAAUAUGCCAAGUUAUUUACUACAUACCUAGAGCUACAGAGAUACCAGUCAGAUUUGUUGGAGGAGGAUGGCGUAGAGCCACCUGAAGUCAAACACAGUCCAGUUAGAAGGAGUACAAUCCCAGUAUCAGAAACAACACCAAUCACAAGAAAUAAAGUCUGUCCUGAAGGCAGUGAAGAGGAUAACUCAAGUACCUCUGACAAAAAGGAUGACUGA